ACGACAUCUGCAGAUUUCGCAUGGUCAGAGGAUAGGAAUGUUUUCAAAGGCUAACAGGUCAUACGGAAUAUGGAUAACUUAAAAGUCCCUCACACGGUGAAGGCCGCCCUACAGGCGCUUUCAGACAUAGCAAAUAAAUUGCCGACGGGAUUCACCAUAAAUUGUAUUUCCAAUGGAGAUCUGGGGAAUGCUAGAAAGCAGCUUGCGGAGAUCAGUGCAUAUAUGUGGUCACUGUCUACGGAGCGCAGGGCAUCCGCCUCCGCAGCCAUAGUAACAUUAACCGGAGUCCGUUCAUUCUUGUUAAGGCUUACGGCGGAGGCGGUGCGAAUACUGCCGACCACACAUCAUGGCGAUGGCUUAGUGGGCGAAGUUGUGGUGGAGGGCGCUAUGCUGGCCGGCAACCUGCUCAUGUUCAUGACGCGCCUGCCAUACUACGUUUCGAAAGCAAAAAGCCUAGGGCCGCUCGAUUUCGUGCGGAAGCUCAUCAGCAUGCAAACAGUGCAAGCUUGUAGCCGUCAGCUAGCUGCCGUGGCAGAGUGGCUGCAAAAUGCGCGCAAGGAGGGCAUUCAGCACCUGGCACUGGAUACAGUGUUCAGCCAGGCGGUGUUGCCUGCCUUAACGCUGCUUGCUGGCAUGGUAUGCAUCUCCCGCCGGAUGUCGUGUUGGGAAGCGGUUCCAGUUUGCGAACGGCUGCAACAGUAUUCCAACCCGCUCGGCUCUGUGCUUAGGGACAGCUGCCCCAUGGAGCAUGCGGCGCGAGCCCUGCUUGUUUAUUAUACAUCGGCUGCAGCUGAAGGCGGCCUAACCAAGAAAGCAGAAGAGGCAUCGUUCCUGUUCUUAACUGCUUUGGUCGAAGCAGAUGAUUAUGAGUUGUCCGCCGCAGCUGAGGGCUUUUGUGCUCAGCACGUGGCAGUGGCCCACGGCUUAACGCUCUUAUGCGAGGAUGAUGGUGGCCCCGCCUAUGGCUUGCAGCCGGACCUGCUUGGGGUGCUGCCCGUUCUGACCGAGCCCUUAGGGGCCCUGGCGUCAACUCCCGCACCGGCUCCAGGCCAAGAGCCGCAGCUGCACCCGGUCUGCUUCAAGGCGAUGUUAGCCGCUUUGCGCAGGCAGUCAAAGCAGCCAUUGCACCGCAGGGCACCCCACAUGCUGGCACUUCGCCUCCUGCGCCUUAUGCUGCGACGCGGCAACUUGCAGCCUGAUGGGCCAGCUGCCGCCGAGCUUGCUGCUGGUGCGGCGGCUGCUGCUCCGCUUUCCAGCACUGCUGCAACUGACAUUGGCGCAGUGCCUGCUCCGCUUUCCAGCACUGCUGCAACUGACAUUGGCGCAUUGCCGGCACCGCUGGCUGCCCAUGCUGUGUCGCGAACCAGCCGCCUAGUGCUGCGCCAGGAGCAUGUCUUGGAUAUUGCGGUUCAAGCUCUGGAGCUUGCCUGGGCAACAAUCCCCAGCAGAAGCGGGCAUGUGGAGGAGCUUAUGGCGGAGUUGUGGUGUUCGGCAGUGGAUGUAGGUCGGCACGCCUGCCUGCAUGCUGAUCGAUGGACCUGCGAAAGACUGGGGAGAGUGCUACAAGAGGCGCUGAGCCCAAGAGAUUUACAUGGCGAGGCCUUAUCCAGCUGGGCGCCGUCACCGCUGCCCCGCCCGUCUGUGGCCGCAGCAAUCGCAGCUGGCCUGCUGCCCUGGCUGGAGGGUUUGCAGCGGUCUUUUAUCACAAACGAUGACUUGGAACAACGCAUGUUACAUUUCCUUAUGGGUUUCUUGGAUGGAACCCGCGGCAGAGAAGUCGAGACCUGGCUCGCCCUCUUCACAUAUUCUGAUCCGCGCCAGGCGGCAUCGUGGGUGGUGACACACGCCAAAUGGCUGCGGCUUGAGAAAGGGUAUCUGGCUGAAUGCGCCAAGCGCUGCACGGCCGUCUUCCUCAAUCACAUGGAGGAGUUGGCGUCCGGGCCGCUGGCUGAAACCCUGGUGCCCGAGGGCGACCCUGCUGGUGAUGAUAUCGGGCAGCCAGCGGGGCUUCAGCAUCUGGGUCGGUUGGUUUCCUUUGCGGUCUGCGAGUGGCUGCCAACCGCCUCACUCCUCCUCCGGCAUCUGGCCUGGCAGUGUGCCAUUGCUGAGGCCCCUCACAGGCGAGGCAUCAACAUGUAUUGGCACGCGUACAUAGCUCCAUUGGCGCGCUGGUUAUCUGGGCUGGUGCUGUCCUGCAAGGGCCGCAGCGGCGAUGCAGACUGCGGGGGCAGCAGCAGCGGCGGCGGCAGCUGGGUUCCCUUCCUGCUUCACGAGGUGGCGGUGGUGCCGCUGCUGGGCUCACUGCUGCACCUCUGCCGCAGCGUUGAGUCGGACAAGGGGGCGGACCUAGCAGAACUCCUGGACUGCUGCGGCGUGGUGGCGAGUGCCUUUCCGCAGGAGGUGCAGGCGGCAGUGCGGGAAGCCGAGCAGGCAACCAUUGCGCCACCGGUGUUCGCCUGGCCGCCAGCACAGGUGCGCGGCUUGGCGCCGAAGCUGCGGGAGAGCGGGCAUGGGGAAGCGGCAGACGCUGCUUUGGCGCUGGCAGCCCGGCUGGAGGCCUGGGGUUCUGAAGGAGGUGCCGGGAGCAGUGCUUUGAGCUUCAGGUGUGUGCCGGAGCGGCUGCGGCAGCGGGCCAGUGAGCGGGGCAUGUCGGUGCCGGACGUGGUGGGGGUCAUGCGGCGGUUCCUGGUGCCGCCGGCGGAGGCACGCCGCCUGCUGCGCACCUGCAGCAACCCCGCCUGUGUCAACCUGGAGGGGGACAGCGAGGCGGAGUUGCCGCUGAAGGCGUGCGCGCGGUGUGGAGGGGCGUGGUACUGCUGCCGGGAGUGCCAGACGGCGCAUUGGCGGGCGGGGCAUAAGGAGGCGUGCGUGCGGCGGCAGGGUGCUGCACAGGGUUGAGGGAAGGCGGAUGAGCGGAGUUAGGAUAGCCGCCGUGUUCGAAAUGUUCACUUACAGCCAGCGGGCGUUACGGGUGUGCACUGUUGGGAUUGGAGGCGCUUUUGGAUACCACCAUUGUGAGCGGGCACUUGCUUGGGACUUGGGAUUGUGAUAUAGGUCACUCUAGCAGGGCGGACGAUGCUAUGCCCAGAUGUUUGUAUUGACUUCACCCUUGCAACGUCAGCCCUUGAUAUGCUUAGGUUGGCUGGAGGCAUUGUGUAUGUCGGCGGUCGUGUUAGUUCUCUUGCUAUGUUACAGUUACCGUCCCAACACUGGCAGUGCAGUUGGAGGAUGCCAUAACUUGGGGAUGAGUGAAAGCCCUGAGCCGUGUUGAUGACAGUUUGGAUGACAGUUUUUGUUGUAGCUACUGGCUACCUUGUGCGUUUCUUCCUGGGGUGUAGUACUGUUUGGCACUGAUUAGCACCUGCGGCCUGUUGCUUGCCGCUGCUUCUAGGAGUUUGCCAUGUGCACUGCCAUUGUCUGCCUUCUAUGUCUCGCCCCAUGCCCCAACCCCCCACGCUGUUUUGGCACCCUUCAGAGUUUCCUGCUGUCAGUUUGCUUCCUUCCUUGGCAUGCGGCUGCGGUUUGUUGUUCACAUUGUUUUUAUGAUAAUGGACGCGGAUUUGUGAAUGCGGGGCGUUAAACCGAGCUCCGUGUGAAUCCCCGCACAAGGUCUCUUUGUGUGAAGCACGUUAUCUGUCUUGCCGAUUGUCCUACUACUGUACUAGUUCGCUACUACUAACAGCUCAUUGGUCUGGCAUGGCGUUGCUGGCGAUAGCAGGGAAUGGUGCUGCAUAUUAGCUUAGAUGCGGAAGGGCACUUGGUUGGUUACUAUGGUCUUUGGUUGGAGUUCGGCCUGGUUCUUGGGGUGCUGCGGUAGGCGAUAAAUGCCUGCAUGCCUGUUAUUAUGGGCUUUGGGCAGGGUGGGGAUGCUGUGUGUAUUGGUUAGGCAGGCUGGCGCAUGCCCACAUGGGCGUCAGUACUUGGCACCCUCUAUCUAUGGCUUCUCGGAUUACUUCUAAGGCUUGGUCACGUCUAGUGGCACAACGUUCCUUGGCAAGGAUUGGAUACAAUCCUUACCGUGUUGGUUGUGCAUCUACAGCCUCCUUGCAAGGGUAUGCAAGAAAGUGUCAAACCAAGGGCCUCGAUGUUGUCGAAGACAUCGCUCAAUCCCUGUCUAUAAGAAGAACAGUUUGUGGGCAUCUCAGGGGCAUAAGAAUGGAGUUCGUCGACCCAUGGGCCACGAGAG